AUGCCUCACUUCAAAGAAAGUUCCUCGUCGAGCGCGUCGGAUGUCGAGCUCGAAUUUGAGCUCGGCUACAACGCCCAAGCCUCCAAUGCGCAAGGCAUAGUCGACGACGAGGCAUACGCAGGUGCUGGAUUCUUUGAAGGAUCAUCUGAGGCGCCUCUAAGCCAGCAGUUGGAGCCCAUUGCUGUAAUUGGAAUGGGUUGCCGUCUGCCUGGAGACGUCGGAUCACCAGCGGAGUUUUGGAAGAUGAUGAUGAACAAGCAAACUGGACAAACUCCUUCCGUCCCACCUACGAGAUUCAACAUCGGCGCUCACCACCACCAGAACAAUGACCGUCCCGGAAGCUUCAGCGCUCUCGGAGGUUAUUUCCUUAACGAAUCUCUUCUGGAGUUCGACCCUAGCUUCUUCGGAAUCACCCCGGUGGAAGCUAUGUGGAUGGACCCUCAGCAGCGAAAGUGUCUGGAGGUCGUCUACGAGACGAUCGAGUCUUCUGGUAUUCCCCUGGAUAAGUUGGCUGGUACCAACACUGCCUGUUUCAUGGCUACAUUCACGGCAGAUUAUCAGCAAAUGCAAUUUAAGGAGCACUCUUUCCGUCACAGUCUUUCGGCAACAGGUGUAGACCCUGGUAUUCUCAGUAACAGAAUCAGCCACGUCUUCAACCUCAGGGGCCCCAGUAUCGUCGUCAACACUGCUUGCUCUUCAUCUGUAUAUGCAGUUCACAACGCAUGCAACGCGCUACGCAGCAAGGAAUGCGGCGCAGCUAUCGUCGGUGGUAGCAACUUGGUUCUCACCGUGGACCAGCACAUGAACACUGCUAAGCUCGGUGUGCUGUCUCCUACUUCUACCUGCCACACAUUUAACAGUUACGCAAACGGUUAUGGUCGUGCCGAAGCCGUCGGUGCCGUAUUCCUAAAGCGACUUUCGGACGCUAUUAAGGAUGGCGACGCGAUCCGAGGUGUGAUCAGGUCCAGCGCCACCAACAGCAACGGCAGAGUCGAAGGUGUCGGUAUCACAUAUGCCGGCUACGGAGGUCAAAGGGCAGUCAUCACGCACGCCUACAAGCGAGGUGGUGACCUUGACCCUCGUCUUACCGGUUACUUCGAGUGCCACGGUACUGGUACCGCUGUCGGUGACCCUAUCGAGGUCAACGCUCUCGCUGAUGCUAUGAACUACGACCGCACUCCCGCCGACGGUCCUCUACGUAUCGGCGCUGUUAAGACUAACAUCGGCCACAGUGAGGCAGCUAGCGGGCUAUCUGCUGUCAUCAAGGCCAUCCUAGCCGUGGAACGAGGAAUCGUUCCCCCCACACGAGGAGUAACGGACCUCAACCCUAAGAUUGACUGGACGGGCAAGCAAGUCGCGGUCGUGACAGACCCGAUGCCAUUCCCUAAGGAACUUCCAGUUCAGCGAGUCAGUGUCAACUCUUUCGGAUAUGGUGGCACAAACGCGCACAUCAUUGUCGAGAGCUCUAGGACCCUCCUCACACAACCUCAAACUUACAAGUUCAACUCUGAGGAGCAGAAGAACAAGAGGAAGUCCGGCAGAGGCCGAUUCAACAAGAACAGGCCUCACUUACUUGUCUACUCUGCCCACGACAAGUCGGCAUUGAAGAGGAACAUCGCGGCUCACGGAAAGGUGGCCGCCGACUACGACCUAAUCGAUCUCUCCUACACUCUGGCCAACCGCCGCACUCACUUCUCUAGCAGGGGUUUCGCGGUCACAAGCCUCGCUACCUUAAGCAAGGCUUUCCAGUCCGAAGAAGACUGGAAAUUCGCCGAGAAGAAGAACCCCAGCGGCAAGGAACGAAAGAUUGGUUUCGCUUUCACCGGACAGGGCGCCCAAUGGGCAAGAAUGGGUGCUGGUCUCAUGUCUUACUACCCUACCUUCCUCAAGACCAUCCAACAACUCGACGCUGCUCUUGAUGACCUCGCCGAUGCCCCCAACUGGACUCUUGAAGACGUCCUCCUAGAGCCCGAAGCUACUUCCCGCGUUGGCGAGGCUGAGUUCUCUCAGCCCCUAUGCACUGCUGUUCAAAUUGGUCUAGUUCAGCUGCUACGACUCUGGGGAAUUAAGCCCUCCGUCACCUGUGGUCACUCAUCUGGUGAGAUUGGUGCAGCUUACGCUGCAGGCUUCCUCACUGCUACUGAAGCUAUUGUCUUGGCUUACUACCGUGGAAAGGUUGUUGGAAACAUCAACACGAACGGUGCCAUGGCUGCCGUUGGUCUCGGUGCUGAGGAUGUUACCCCUUACCUCGCUGGUUACGAUGACGUUGUCAUUGGAUGCCACAACUCGCCUUCCGGUGUCACCCUCAGUGGUAACGCUGAGUCCCUGAAGAAACUCCAGGAGACCUUCAACGAGAAGGGCGUGUUCUGCAGGCUGGUCAAGACUGGUGGCAAGGCUUACCACUCAUACCACAUGCAGCCCGCUGCCGACAAAUAUGAGGCACUCGUCCGGGGCUCUGGAAUUGAUAUCCGUGCUAAGAACCGCCCCGUGCUUGAGAAGGCAGUGAUGGUUUCGUCCGUGACGAACAAGGUCCUUCCCGAGGACUCCGUUCUAGAUGAGACUUACUGGAGCGCCAACUUGCUCAACCCCGUUCUAUUCAACCAAGCCGUCCAGACCAUUGGUACCACCCCAGAAUUCUCCGACAUUACUCUAAUUGAGGUUGGACCUCACUCCGCUCUCUCUGGUCCUAUUAAGCAGAUCAAGUCCGAGCUCAAGCUUGAGAAAUUCCAAUAUCUACCUACCUUGAUCCGUGGCCAAGACUGUGCCACCUCCGUCUUGAAGCUAGCUGGUGAGCUCUUCCUUGCAGACUACUCGAUUGACCUGGCGAGAGCCACUUCGGUCGAGGAGAUGAGCCCCAGCGGAAAGAUCCGCGCCCGCAGCGGAGACUACAUCGUAGACUUGCCCCCUUACCAGUGGGACAAGUCCAAGAAGUUCAUUGCCCAAUCGCGUGAGAGCAGAGAGCACCGAGGACAGAAGUACAUGCGUCACGAUGUACUUGGAGAGUUGGUCAUCGGUAACUCCCCGGCUGAGCCGACCUGGAGAAACAUUCUCCGCAUCAAGGAUGUACCUUGGCUUCAGGACCACAGCUUGGGUGGUGAGGCCGUGUUCCCUGCUGCUGGCUAUCUAGCAAUGGCUAUGGAAGCCAUCACCCAGCUCGAUGAGCAAUCUGAGACCCCAUCUGAAAUCGAGGGCUACGUGCUUCGAGAUGUGUUGAUUCAGCAGGCACUUGUCACCCCUGAUGACGACAACGGUAUCGAGGUCUUCCUAAACAUGCGCCCGUCAGCCCACAGUGGUGAAAACCAGAAGAAGUGGUGGGAUUUCAACGUCUGCUCAGUUACUGAGGCUGGCUUCCAGAAGAACCACAUGCGCGGAAGAAUCGCCAUCAACGCCCGUGACUCUAGGGCUAAGGCUUGGCCAGUUCCCAACCUGCCCCAAUCAGCAACAGGUAAGUCUUGGAACCGUGCUCUCAGAGCCGUUGGAUUCGACUAUGGCCCAGCUUUCCAGGAGACCGACAGCGUCACCUUCGAUGCCAAGUCGUACGCCACGCAAGCCACGGUUGCUUUCAGGAACACUGUUGAGAGCAUGGUCGGCGAGUCCCGCUAUGUUCUCCACCCAGCUUCGAUCGAUUUGUGCCUCCAACUCUUCAUUAUUGCUUUCUGGGGCGGUAGCACUAACGCCAUCAAAUUCGGUGUCGUCCCGGUUCAGGCAGAGGAGAUCGCGAUCUGGAAGCCAACCGAAGCUCAGCUUGCUGAUGUGAAGGCCCACAACCAAUUGGUAACCAACGAUGGUCAAGUAUUGGUAGAAAUUAACAACAUGCAAUGUAUCGGCUACGAAGCCGCACGACCCCAGCUCGCUGAAGAGCCCGCCAAGCCUCAACCAUAUGGACGCACCCUGUCCAAGCCGGAUGUUGACUUCCUAAGCGGAACCCAGAAGCUUAGCGUCGCCGAAUUCGUCGAUCUCGCCGAGUUCAAGAAGCCCGGUCUAAAGGUUGCUUCGCUAGACUCUGCGGAAGCUGAGUCUCUUGCGAAGACUGUCCCUGCUUUGGAUAUUACUAUCACCUACGACGUGCCCGAAGAAGAAUACACUGUGCCUCCCGAGCUAGCAAGCUCCAAGAACGUCAAGUUCCAGAAGCUCGAGGCUGCCGCCGCGGGCUCUUUCAACCUUAUUGUCGCUAACGUCGCAUCCGCUGAUGCGCUAACCAAGAUUCGCGAAUUAUUGGCUGAGGGAGGUGAAGCUGUUAUUAAGUCAGCAACUCCUCUAGACGAGGCAACCCUGAAGAGUGCCGGAUUCUCUGCAGUAAAGGUCACGCUUGAGAACGGUGCCGUGGUUGUACCCGCCGCCAGCUCCGACGAGGCGACCGCUGAGGAGACGAAGCCUUCCACCUCCAACAAGGUGCAACUCAUCUACCGAAACAGCAUCUCGCCCGCCUUCUCAGAGUUGGCCAAAGGCCUCGAGGGCAAGGGCAAUGUGGUCGAAUCGAUCCAGCUUGGUGCCCCAACUUCUCCCGAAGCUACUAUCCUCAUUCUUGCCGACCUUGAAGGACCCUUCCUAGCUACUAUCACCGAGAAGGAGUUCCUCGACUUGCAGGCAAUCCUUGCCGAAGCUACCAAGGUCUUGUGGGUGACUCGCGGUGGUAUCCUGAAGGGUGAGAACCCUCACUAUGCCAUGGCCAGCGGUCUUCUCCGCUCUCUUCGCUCUGAGCAGAUCAAGUUGAACGCCUCCUUAUUGGACUUUGAGGGUGAGGUUCCUCUCACCGAGUUUGUGAGCUUGACCACUUCCCUUGCUACUAAGCAGAUCAAUGGCGAAGCCCUUGAGACCGAAUACUACGUCUCGGACGGAAAGGUCAACAUCAACCGUUUGAUUCCGGAUGAGCGCCUCAACGAGAUUCACGCACAUGACGAGGAAGAUCUUUUGGAUGCUGCAUUUGACCCUGCGAAGAGACUCGUAGGAAAGGUACGCAGCGGUGUAGUUAUCUUUGAGUCCGAAGAAGAGGCCGCAUUAAGCCCCGAGGAGAUCGAAAUCCAAGUUGUGGCCACCGGCCUAAACAAGGAAGACAUUGCCGUCAUCCAGGGAACUGAGACCACUAGCGACAUCAGCCACGAGAUUGCUGGUGUUGUCACCAGAGUCGGCUCCGAUGUUAAGGAUUUCGCUGUCAACGACCGCGUCGUCAGUUUCACCUCUAGCGAAUUCGCAACCUUCCAGCGCGUCAACCAGACCUUGGCCCAGAAGCUCAACUCCGACGAAUCAUUCUCUACCUUCGCCAGUCUCCCCAUUUCCUUCGGAGCCGCUUUGUAUGGCCUCCGAAACCUCGCACAUGUAGAAAAGGGAGAGUCAGUCCUUGUCCUUCCCGGCUCCGGACUCAUUACUGCACCGGUCGUCCAGGUUGCCAAGGCUCUUGGUGCCACACCUUUCGUGGCUGCGCGCAGCCCUGCUGAAGCUGAAUUCAUCACCAAGCAGCUCGGUCUACCAGCUAGCCAGGUUGUUGAGUUCUCUACUACGUGGCUAGAGCAGAACAAGCCUGACGUUGUAUUCUCAUCUGACUCCGUCGAGGCUACAGUCGCCCAAGAAGCUUGGAGGCACUUGCCCGCAUUCUCUCGAUUCGUGAACCGUGCUAACGCUGAGGCUGCCUUCUCUAACGUGCUCGACAUCGUCCCCGCCACCCGUGGUGCAAGCUACUUCGCAUUUGACACUAUUAACCUAUUCAAGAAGCCAAGCCUGUUGGCCGGACUACUUGACCAAACUAUUAAGCUCUUCCGUGAGGGAUCUCUCUCUGCCCUACCCAUUACCGUCAAGAACAUCACCGAACUUAACGAGAGCAUUUCAGCCUUCUCGGACGACCUGCAGAGCUCCAAGACUGUCAUCCUUAACGAGCCUUCAAGCGGCACAUUGAAACUUGUGCCAUCUCGUCCCCAUGCUCACCUCCGAUCAGACGCUACCUACCUCCUCGUCGGAUGUCUCGGUGGUCUAGGUCGCAGUCUCACAUCGUGGAUGUUGAAGAGAGGCGCACAGAACUUUGCCUUCUUGUCACGAUCAGGCACGGACUCUCGCCAGGCUGCUACUCUUGUUGACAGCCUCCGAGCCGCCGGCGCCAACGUACAAGUAUUCAGGGGCGAUGCUAGUAUCAAGGAAGACGUGGAGAAGGCCGUCAGCUCUAUUCCUGCCGACCGCCCGAUUCGCGGUGUCAUCAACGCUGCCAUGGUGUUACGAGAUGGCAUGUUCCACAACUUGACCUACGACAGCUGGGUAACCUCCGUCAAGCCCAAGGUUCUUGGAAGCUCCAACUUGCACGAGGUGACAAAGGACCUCGACCUCGACUUCUUUAUCAUGACCAGUUCAGUAUCCGGCACCCUAGGUACCCCUGGUCAGAGCAACUAUGCUGCCGGUAACGCCUACAUGGAUACUCUUGCCCGUCUCCGACACACUCAAGGCAAGCGUGCCGCUGCCAUUGUCCUACCCAUGAUUCUCGGUGUUGGUGUCGUUGCUGAGAACGCUGCCCUCGAGGACUCCCUCAAGCGCAAGGGUAUGUACGGUGUCGAUGAGGAUGGUCUCCUUGACUCCUUUGAGGUCGCCAUCGUCGAGCAGGGUAACCCCGAAGCUGUUGACUUCGACCACGUAGUUGUCGGACUUGACCCAUCGCUUCUCGCCAAGGCUAAGUCUGAGGCCGAGGGUGAUGUCGAUGUCUUCUGGGCUGUCGACCCCCGAUUCUCCACUCUGCUACACGCAAUGGAGUCCGGAAGCAAGGGUGACGUUGGUGGAGGAGCAGACUCUAUCCUAGCCAGAGUUAAGAACGCAGCAACCCCCGCAGAGGCUGUCGCGGCCGUCGAGGAACACUUCAUUGCUAAGCUUUCGCGUGUUCUCAUGCUCGACUUGGAGGACUUUGAAGGAGAAGGCCGAUCCGUCGCCAGCUUCGGUAUCGACAGUAUGAUUGGUGCCGAGCUGAGGAACUGGAUCUUCAAGGAGCUUGGCCUUGACAUUGCUUUCCAGCAACUGUUGGGACCGUCACUCACCAUCAAGGGCUUUGCUCAGUUGGUGGUUGCAAACCAGGGAAUCCAGAUUGAGUAA